CCUUCUUCUUCUUCUUCUUCUUCAGCUUCUCCUUCAGUCGUGGAGUUGGGUGGAGAGCCAGCACUGUGCAAACAAAUAUUUCGCAGUUGCUAAUGGCUACAGCCCAGUUGUAGGAAGGACAGAGGAGGAGCUCGAAAAGUAAAUGCUCAUAAAGGUGCGGCCCAGCUUGGGUGCUCAUUUCUCUUCAUCAUUCUCCACCCUUGGGUGAAGACAGACCGUCGAGGUUUGGAUGCAGGUCGUGUGUUGGCUGCUGUGCCUCAGCACAGCCGGGGCACUAGUUGUGCUACCAAAAAAACAGGUGGCCCAGCAAGCCAUCAAGCUUUAUCGAGGCAAAGGGGCCCCACAAGGCUACAGCUGGGUGGCAGGCAACUGUAAACAGCUGGCGGGCCUCCUGCGUCAGAAAAAUGUGGUGGUCAAGAAGCUGGCGGCCGCGGCUGCUGCUGUUGGAAAAGACCAGUCCCUUUCAGAACCCGAGAGGCACUUCCAGGUUCACACUCUGGAGGUCUUCCAGAAGGAGCUGAAUGAGACUGGGAACCUGGUGUUUCAGGCGGUGCAGAGCCUGCAGAGGGCGCUGCAGGGAGACUACAAGGAUGUAGUCAACAUGAAGGAGAGUAGCAGACAGCGGCUGGAGGCCCUCAGGGAGGCGGCCAUAAAGGAGGAGCAGGAGUAUGUGGAGCUGGUGGCUGCAGAGAAGCAUCAGCAGGAAGCUGUGAAGAGCGCUUUAGCCCAGAAUAAGACUUUAUCCAUGCUGGAUGAGAUCCUAGAGGACGUCAGGAAGGCCGCAGACCGGCUCGAAGAGGAGAUCGAGGAGCACGCCUUUGACAACAACAAACAGAUGAGAGGUGUAAAUGUUGAGGCGGUGUUGAGAGUGGAGGAUGAGGAGAAGAGUGGGAAGAGGAAGAACAAGUCCCAGCAGAAGGAAGUGGAGGAUGACCUCGGACUAAGCAUGCUCAUUGACUCGCAGAACAACCAGUACGUGCUGACCAAACCCCGAGACUCCACCAUGCCAAGAGCAGACCACCACUUCAUCAAGGACUUGGUGUCGGUGGUGAUGUUGUCCCUGCCCUGUGGCUGGAUUUGUUCACUAGUCGGUCUUCCUCCCAUGUUUGGAUACAUCGUCUGUGGGGUGCUCCUCGGUCCCUCUUGCCUGAACAGCAUCAAGUCGAUGGUCCAGGUGGAGACUCUGGGGGAGCUGGGUGUGUUCUUCACACUCUUUGUCGUAGGAUUGGAGUUCUCACCUGAGCGCGUUCGAAAGGUAUGGAAGACGUCCGUUCAGGGCUCGUGUUACCUGAGUUUACUGAUGGUCGGGGCCGGUUUGGUGUGGGGACAAGUCCUGCGUAUUAGACCCACCCAGACUGUCUUCAUUUCCACUUGUCUCUCCCUGUCAAGCACUCCGCUAGUGUCCCGCUUCCUUGCGGGGAGCCGAGGGGACAAAGAAGGUGAUCUGGACUACAGCAGCGUACUCCUCGGGAUGUUAGUGAUGCAAGAUGUUCAACUCGGUCUCUUCAUCGCCGUCAUGCCAACUUUGAUCCAGGCUCAGAGUGGCGACUUGGACAGCUUCCUUUUUGGCAGUCUCCGUGUGUUGUACCUGCUGGCUCAGGUACUGGGCUCUCUGGCUGUUGUGCUGCUCCUCUGUCUUUUAUUCAAGUCCGCCCUGAUUGGCCCGUACUACAAGAAGCUGCAUGCUGAGAGCAAAGGCAACAAGGAGAUCCUGGUGCUGGGCAUGGCAGCGUUUGUCUUUUUCAUGCUGACGGUGACAGAUUUUCUCGAUGUGUCGAUGGAGCUGGGCUGUUUCCUGGCUGGAGCUUUGCUGUCCACACAGGGUCACAUGGUCACUACUGAGGUCAUGGGAUGCAUUGAGCCAAUCAGAGAUUUCCUCGCUAUCAUCUUCUUUGCCUCUAUUGGUCUUCACGUUUUCCCAACAUUUGUGCUGUACGAGCUCACCAUCCUGCUGGUUCUGACACUCACACUUGUCAUUAUGAAGUUCGUGAUGGCAGUACUGGUGCUGUCAGUGAUCCUGCCUCCAGGCUCUCAACACAUACGCUGGGUGGUCUCAGCUGGUCUGGCUCAGGUCAGCGAGUUCUCCUUCGUCCUGGGUAGCCGAGCGCGUCGGGCUGGCAUCAUAUCUAGAGAGGUGUACCUGCUGGUUCUCAGUGUCACCACACUCAGUUUGCUGCUGGCCCAGUGCUGUGGAGAGUCACCACGCAGAGAUUCGUUCCCCGGGCUGAACGCAAAAUGGUCACAUGACAAGAGCAUGACCGGCUCUGGGUAAACAGUUCCCAUUUGAACACUUCUAAAAAAAAAAGACUCCUUUCUAGUAUGUAUUUGCUUGUACCAGUACACACUACUUUAUGAGGUGUUAUAUGUUAAAGGAAACUGAAACCCUUCUCUCUGUUGGCGAAACUCAAACCGUCUUAAAGGCUAGAUCGAGUCCUUGAUAGAAACACCACGGUUUGACAGCUACAUAGAAUAGCACAAGGACUCAAAAUCAUUCCAUUUGUUUAUGCUUUGAAUGCACUAUUUCAUGCACCAUGAAAAAACUAUCUCUCUGAAUUUUUUGUUUUCCAUUAAGUGUGCCUGCACUUUGAACCCCAGGUUUUUCUUUCUGUUAAGAAUCACAGAGACCAAGAUGUGAGUCAACUUGUUACUUUGUGUCUUUCUCAUUUUUGAGAAAAUGUGUGGAUUUUGUUAACGAGGAACAUCUCUGUUUGAUUUAGAUUGUCUUCAUGUCUCAAAUAUUUCAUCACAUUAUGUCAUGUUUCUCUGACUACAGAUUUUGUGCUGUAUAUGGAAGCUGGUAUCUUGAAGCUUAUUGUAAUAGUAGUCUACUAUGAAUUUAGCUGUGAUUACACUUACACUAAAUACUACAAUAGUUCCUUGUAUAGAGACUUGAAUGAGAUGUCUUUAAGUGCUCUCCAUUCUUGUAAGAGUUUUAGAUCAUCUCUAGUGUUGCACACAUUAGUAUAAUGUAGAAAAUGAAGAAACUGAAAUAUUUAACAUUUUUUUGGGAGGGGGGGGUUUUAGUCUUUAUUUGAUAGGAGAGAGGAUAGAGUGGGACAUCGGGAGAGAGCGGGGAAAGGAGCCAAAGGUCGGACUUGAACCCGGGCCUCCCGCUUGAAAGACUACAGCCUUCGUACAUUAGGGCGUGUUCGAGCGGCAAUGUCUGGUGUUGAAAAAUGAAGUGUAAAAUUCUGCAGUUCACUGGCUACAAAAAAGCCGUUUUUUACAGCAGAAAUGAACAUGUUUACAGCGUGGUUCAAAAAACCAAAUUGGUCUGAUUAGUCACGACCGUCACACACUGUACAGGGGGAACAUUUUUGAUAAAUCUUCUGUUUUGAUUUAAUGAAGGAUAAGCGUUAUUCACAAUGAGGCGUGCAGCUGACAUGAUUGACAGGCAGGCGUGGUGUAGGUGUUGGUCAGGAAGUUUAAGACCCGCCUCCGCUCCAGCUCUUAGCCUGCUGUUAAACUGACUGAAAGUUAGGGUGAGGCAGGAUUUCCAGCAUGGUGACCGCCAUCAAUGGGCUUCCAAAGCCCCCUGCAGUAACAGGUGGGUGAUGGGCGGGACCACCAGGUCAUCUGCGCCCCAAAUCACACUUUUACUGAAAUUCAUGCACUACCUACCAUUGAAUGUUAAACUGAAGUGCCUGCUCUGCACUAAAGCAAGACUCUGAGGAGUGUGAGAGAGCUUCUCAUGUCUUUGUCUUUUCUUUCAUAAUGUGCUAUGUAUGUAUGUAGCUACAUUUGUUUAAUUUUUUCAUACUUCAUAUUUUUCCUGCAGUUUGUCAACACUGAGGGAUAUUUUUUAUUUACUUUCUGUAGUGGAUGAGUUUACAUACUUCCUGUUGGUGGCCAUGACUGAGGCCUCCAUGCACAAAGAAACACUGUUUCCAUCACAAUGUUCAUUUGUUUUUUGAAAUGUACUUAUUAAAAAUACACUGACACAU